CUAUUAUUCUCACUUCUUACACCUGCGAUUGCCUCUUUUCUCUUCUCACAUAAGCUCCCUACUGUAUAUUUCCAAUUCAUAUACCCAACCGCCACAAUGCGCGCCGUUCAAGUCAAAGAAUAUGUCAAGGGCCCACUAGACCUCACAGUCACCGAAGUCCCAACCCCCACCCCAUCCGCCGACAAAUACCUCAUCGAAAUCCACUCCGCCGGCACAAACUUCUUCGACAUCCUCCAAAUCCAAGGCAAAUACCAGCACCAACCUCCCCUCCCCUGGGUCGGCGGUUCCGAAUUCGCCGGCAUCAUCGCCGCAGUCCCAACUGCCGCCUCAUCCCCUCGCUUCCGCGUCGGUGAUCGCGUCUUCGGCGCUACACAGGGCGCUUAUGCUACCCACGUUCUCGCCCCAGAAGCCAGCCUUCUCCCCGUGCCCGAGGGUUGGAGCUUCGAGGAUGCGGCUGGUCUGUUCGUUACCGCGCCUACCUCCUACGGUGCCCUGGUGCACCGUGCCGGCGUAAAGGCUGGCGACUGGGUGCUCGUGCAUGCGGCAGCUGGUGGCGUUGGUCUGGCAGCUGUGCAAAUUGCCAAGGCCAAGGGUGCAACUGUCAUUGCUACGGCUGGCACACAGCGUAAGCGUGAGAUUGCGUCUCAGUUUGGCGCGGAUUAUGUCGUUGAUUAUACGGAUAAGGCGUGGCCGGAGCAGGUGAAGAAGUUGUGUGCUACGCAUCGACAGGGGAAUGGCAAGGCUGGUGUGGAUAUCGUUUAUGAUCCUGUUGGGAUGAUUGAGGCGAGUUUAAAGUGUGUUGCUUGGAACGCUAGGCUGUUGGUUAUUGGAUUUGCCGCUGGUAAGAUUGAGAAGGUUGCGCUGAAUCGUGUGUUGUUGAAGAAUGUUAGCUUGGUGGGAUUGCAUUGGGGAAUGUAUGCUAAGCAUGAGACGGAGGCGGUUGAUGCAGUGUGGAAGGGGAUCUUUGAUCUUGUUGCGCAGGGCAAGUUCAAGGGUACGGCCUUUAGUGAUGAGAGUUUCAAUGGCCUUGAGACUGUUCCCAAGGCGUUGAAAGCGCUGGGAGGCCGGGAGACCUGGGGUAAGGUCGUGGUUAAUGUGAUUAGCAAUGAGAAGGCCAAGAGCAAGCUCUAGUCUGGGGACCAUGUGGAUUUUAGAAGAUAUACCAAGGC